AUGGAGUCGACAAACGUCCAGCUGGCUCAUCAGCAUGUGACGGCCAUCCCAGUGCCGUCUUACACCGCACAAGAGUCUCGACCCGACGACGCUUCGCCUUCAUCAGACAGCAACUUGGAGGAGGAACCGCUGUACAUUGAUCACGAAGGUGCACAGUCGAUCAUACAGCCAGCCAUUAGCCGGGCGGCAACCCGUCUCACUUCGCCGGCAACACCAGCUGCAGAGAAGAAAGCCGCUCUGGAUUAUACUUCCAUCAGCUUCGGUGACGACGACGGCAUCCAUGCAGGCAGAGAGGACCACCCAACCCACACACCGGAAUUCCAGCCCUCUACUCUACAUGCACAAUCUCAAGAUCAAUCACCAAUUCUUCAGCCUGAACACAAGACCCAGCAAGCCAUCUCACCGCGAUUUCCGAGCUUGAAAGACUUUGUCUCCCAGGAUGACACGGGGUCCAAAAGUUCCCUGUCGAUAGUCUUCGGCAAUGGCAAGACAACCAGACAUCGCCGCUCGUCUUCUGGCGGUGCAGAGACGUUCAGGCGUCUCCGGGAAGCACUGCCUUCUCUGCCGCGGCCCUCGUUCUUCUCAAGCCAGGGAUCACCACGAUUCUCAGCGGCGCCACUGCAAUCACCUAGCUUGGCAACAUCGAAAACAAACAGUCCUGUUGCCCAGCUGACAGCUCCAGAACCAGCAACAGAUUCUGUUGACGCAGCAUUUCCCUUACCAACACGCUUGUCGUCCCAUGCGGUACGGCCAAAGGCACCUCGAAGGUCGACAUCCGACGAGUCCAUGCUUUACCACUCAAUGUCCCGCGUAUCGUCGUUAGGAGACGAUAGCAGAUGGCAUGAUGUACGAGAGAUGAAGAAUAACAGGUUCAAGGCCAUCACCGACAGUUGGGACAAACCGACCUUCAAGUUGCCGAACAUCCCCAACAUGAUCCCAGAAACGCUGAAGAGAAACUCGAUGCUGAAUUGGGACUCGUCACAAGCAACCUUGACUGAGAGUCCUCACGGAAAGGAUAUCCCAGAUCUCGCAGGCUCGCCUCCAAAGGACAUUCAUUUGUCUGAGCUCGAUCGAGCAUUGGAGUCCCUGACAGGAGACAUCGUGAUCAUGGGUGGGUAUCGAGGGUCUGUGCUUCGGUCGGCCCGUACGAAUCGCCAAGUCUGGGUUCCAGUAAAGGUCGGCCUCAACAUGCGCAAGGUCAAUUUGGAGGUUGGCCUGGACCCGGAAGAUGAGGAGCAGAUGGAAAACACAAUAUAUCCCGACGGCAUGCUCAAGAACAUCGGUCCUGUCGACAUUUCAAAGCGACUUUUCAAACGGUUACGGAGUUGCGAUAACGCAAAGUCUGGCAAGUUGAGGAUAUGGGAUUAUGGCUACGAUUGGAGACUGAGCCCAGCCAUUCUCUCACGAAAACUUCUCCAGUUUCUCAAGAAUCUCCCUUCGAAUCGACCUGGAGUGAAGCCCGAGGCCAAGGGCGCUACCAUUAUUGCCCACAGCUUGGGGGGCCUGAUCACCAGGCAUGCUGUCAACCAGAACCCGGACCUCUUUGCCGGAGUCAUAUUUGCCGGCACGCCACAGAGAUGUAUCAACAUCCUGGGCCCAUUACGAAAUGGCGACGCAGUCCUCUUGAACGAAAAGGUCCUUACAGCUCAAGUCAACUUUUCACUGAGGACCAGCUUUGCACUCUUGCCGGAUGACGGGUUUUGCUUCGUUAACAAGACGACGGGUGAGGAGUACAAAGUCGACUUCUUCGACCCGAGUGACUGGGCAAGGUACUGCUGGUCGCCAUGUGUCGGAACUCCUCUCCCCGUUGCGCGAGGUCGCACCAGCACCCUUGGAAGUUUGCGCGACUUCUCCGGCAGAUUGCCCAGUCCGCUUAGGAACCGAGGGUACAGUACCGGCAAUGACUCUCGACCACAACAAGGGACAGUGCGCGAAUCACUCGCAGAUGCAGGGCGGAAAGCAGAAGUCACCAAUGAUCGAACGCUAGCUCCUCAAAUGGGCACUCUCAACGACAACUCAUCGACAGCAAGGCACCAGCACCAAGAGGCUCAGGCCCAUGCUAGUCAUGAUCCCGAGUUCCAUGUUCGCAACAUGAAGUACUUGACACGGACACUCGCCGAAGUCAAACAAUUCCGCAGCGAGACUGCUUUCAUACCUGAGCAUGCUGCCCGGAAUGCCUAUCCUCCACUUGCCGUCAUCUAUGGCAAAGAGGUGCCUACCGUGUACGCAGCACAUGUGACAAGCCGAGAAGCCAUCGCCCGCACCGAUGCCUACGACAACCUGCUUUUCCAGAGUGGUGACGGCGUCGUUCUGGCUAGGGAAGCGAUGUUGCCGCCAGGCUAUGAUCUGGUCAAGGGUGGCAGGAUCAGUACAGAUCGAGGCCACAUUACUAUGCUGGGUGAUAUGGACGCGGUUGGCCGCGCAUUGCAGGCGAUCAUACGGGGUAGAGCCAAAGGCAUCGGCCUCGGAAAGAGUCCACUUGCUGUCUGA